CGUCGGCAGGUAACUUCCGCUCCGUCAGGUAAAAGGUAGGCGGUCAGCGUGUCCGCAGUUUACUCGACUGACGGAUCUAAUGAGGCAUGGGGACGGGUGGUGCGUUCACGGCCCUGCUGCUGCUGUGGGUCACCGCGGUGUCCACUCAGCCAGUGGCUCCGCCCACCAAGGUGACGGUGGCGUGUGACGACGCGCGGGUCAGCGUGACCUGGGACUACGAUCAAGACGAGACGCUAUUCCUGGUGGAGGUGGGACACUCGGGCAGCGGCGGGCGCCACCUGGAGUACGAGACCACGGCGCACAGGUACGACAACCUGAGCGCCCUGGUGUGGGACUCGCUGGACACCGCCAUGGACGUCCACUACGUCACGCUGACUGCAGCGCGGGGGGCGCACCGUUCCCCCAGCGUGUCCGCCACCUUUAGUUUCAACAACGUGAAGAUGGUGGACGUGAUUUGCAAGCUGGACUUCCCUCGAGUGGACGUGAGGACGCACGACUCAAGAACCCUAGUGAGUUUCCGGAAUCCGCUUCGCCACCACCCGCAACUGCGGCGGCUCAACUGGAGGGACAACCUAUUCUUGGACUUCAUUGUGUCUUUAGUCGGCGUGAGGAAACCCUCUUUGGGAGACGUCAAAGGGUCCUGUCAGGCGGAUCAGGAGACGUGCAGGGUGGACGUGGACUUCCCGGACGGAGUGGACCAAUGUGUCAAGCUGAACGGGACCAUAAGCGACAACGCUAGACGACCGAUCGAGUUCCGACAGACGGCGCCGGUCUGUCUGCUCCAGCCUGAUGGUUUAGAGACGACGACGCUUAUUCUCUUCCUGGUGCUUUUCAUCGUCCUCCUCACUGUGAUCGCCCUCGUCAUCUGGCGGGUGAAGGCGUGGACCAUGACGGGCGGCAAAGAAGAUAUUCCAAACAGUCUGCAACCGGGCCACGUCAAGUCCAAAGGCGAGUGCAACAUGGACUUCGACCGCGUGAUCGACAUCGUCUCGGACGUAGAAAGAGUCAGCUUGAUCUCCCGGAGUGACGACGGCUCCUCGGGUAAUUCAACCACAACGAACAUUUUCAUCCCUCCGGAGGAGACGAAGCCGGAACCGGCUGAGCCGGAGCUGGCGCUGGAGCCGGAGCCGGAGGAGGACGAGGAAGAGGACGAGGAAGAGGACGAGGAGGAGACACAGUUCUCUCCGUACAACCAGCCACAUGUGGUUGUGGACCUGGGUGACGGAGACACUGCCUUGGGUUACAUGGAGUCGUAGCAGGCAGAGGUCCGUGGUGUGGACAGUUGAGAGGGACUCAAAAUGGCGUCUGUCACUUGGACGGCUGUGUUCAUCGAAGUCUUAAGACCGGGGUGCAGCCCAGGCGCUAGUAGAUCAUGUUUUAGC